CUCAAGCGAGAAAAAGGGGAAGGGCGCAGCUUCCAUUAGCUGGGAAGAGUCAGAGCCGGGACCUCAUUACGCCGAAGAUCAACCUGCGAAGGAGUCGCUCUCCCAGAGCAGGCUCCGGGACUUUUGCGCUAGAGAGGGACGAGAUCCUCAAGACACACGCUUCCCGCUCCACACGCCUCUGCAAAGUGCCCGGGGCUACUUCUCGUGAUUUGCUCCGGGUCCCGCAUACUUGGGUGAUCUGAUCUCCGAAAACCCGGAGAAAAAAGCUCCGUGGCAGCCUCGCGCCUCCUCUCGGCGUCCCUUUUCCCUUUUGCCUGGGACUUGGUUGGGGGGGGCGGGGGGGAGAUUCGACGCCUCUUUCGCGCGCGCCCCGCUGCUUCUCUCCCCCCCCCCCCGUUUCCCUCCUCCCCAACCGGGAGGUGGGAAAAGAGGCGUGCGCGUGCUUGCGCCUGCCCGGGCAUUCUUUGGGGAUGCUGGAGUCCCAGGCUUCGCGUUGGAGGAGAAAGGGGGAGGAUGUGGUCGCUGCCUCGUAAGAGAGCGAGGCGAAGGAAAGAGAAGGAAGCGCUCCGCAGAGCCGGAGCUGGCCGCAGCGGCACCGGAGGCAAGCGCCCCCAGCCCUCGGGGGAGAACAAGAAGAGGAGGAGAAGGAGGAGGAAAUUAGGGCGCCGAGGUCGGGAUCCCGCCUGUUUUUCUAAGCUGCAGUCGACCCUCCGGCACAAGGUAGCCCGACAGAAACCGGCGGCUGCUGCCAAAGUUUGCUCUGUGCUGCUCCGCCACAAGCGCCCGGGGGAUUAUAUAAGCAUCGGAGUCGGAGGUGGACUCUUAACCCAGACCUGCCAGAUUUCUGAAACCCAGCUUAAAGCUGAAAUGAAUGCCUUUUAGACGGAAGGAAACUGAGUGCACUUUCACUACUGAUACCAGAGUGAAAGGAAAAGCUAAUCCAACCAUCCUAUCUGCUGUCAACGUUUGGAACUUCUCAUUGAGGAUUGGCCUUCUGUAUAGGACAUAGUUACUCUGCCAUUUCGCAUACAUGGAGGAAGGCAUCAAAAUGUGUAAACCUGGCUAACAAUACAGUGAUUUUCAGAAGCAGACUGGAUGACAGUCCAGUUGUACAAGGAUUAUUUUGCAUUUAGUUUCUAGGAAUAUAACAAAGGGGACAAAAUACAUCUAUUUUGUUUUAUUUCUUCUUUUUAUUCAACUCUUCCUUCUUUCUUCAGUUAGAAAUGGGCCCGUGGACUAGAAUGUGGCCCAUGGACAGGUUUGCUUUCUUGAAAUCCCGGCUUGUUUUUUUUCUGGGAUUGUAUGUGCAGUUUUCCAAAGCAUUGGCCUGUCCAACUGUAUGCCGUUGCGACCGAAAUUUUGUCUAUUGUAAUGAACGAAGCUUGACCUCAGUGCCUCUUGGAAUACCGGAGGGUGUAACCAUACUCUACCUCCACAAUAACCAAAUUAAUAAUGCUGGAUUUCCUGCAGAACUUCACAAUGUCCAGUCUGUGCACACAGUCUACCUGUAUGGCAACCAGCUAGACGAGUUCCCUAUGAAUCUCCCCAAGAAUGUCAGGGUUCUCCACCUGCAAGAAAACAACAUCCAGACCAUUUCUCGGGCUGCUCUGGCACAACUCUUGAAACUGGAAGAGCUUCAUCUGGAUGAUAAUUCUAUCUCUACUGUUGGAGUGGAGGAUGGGGCAUUCCGGGAAGCUGUUAGCCUCAAGCUUCUGUUCUUAUCCAAGAAUCACUUAAGCAGUGUACCAGUUGGCCUUCCAAUGGACUUACAAGAACUACGAGUGGAUGAAAAUAGAAUUGCCAUCAUAUCAGACAUGGCCUUUCAGAAUCUCACAAGUUUGGAACGUCUCAUAGUGGAUGGUAAUCUCCUUACAAAUAAAGGCAUUGCAGAUGGCACCUUUAGCCACUUAUCCAAACUUAAGGAAUUCUCUAUAAUAAGGAAUUCAUUGACAUACCCACCUCCCGAUCUUCCAGGUACAAAUCUACUUAGGCUUUAUUUACAGGACAACCAGAUAUCACACAUACCACUUUCAGCCUUUUCAAAUCUUCAUCUCCUGGAACGACUUGAUAUUUCCAACAAUCAGCUCCGGAUGCUGUCUAAAGGUGUUUUUGACAAUCUUCGCAGCCUGAAACAACUGACAGCUAGGAAUAAUCCCUGGCUAUGUGAUUGUAGUAUUAAAUGGGUUACUGAAUGGCUCAAAUUAAUUCCUUCCUCCCUCAAUGUCCGAGGAUUCAUGUGUCAGGGACCAGAACAAGUCCGAGGUAUGGCAGUCAGGGAACUCAACAUGAACAUGUUGUCAUGCCCCACAACUACCCCAGAUGCCUCAUUUGUUACCCAUGUUCCCACAACAUCUUUGCCAACCACGAUGGCCUCUACUUCAUCACACUUAACCCCAAGUAGUAAACAAACAAGCGUUCUUCUUGCCCCUACUAUAACCACAAUCCCCACUGUGCCUGAGAGGAAUGAUGAAGAAAAAAUGACCUUUCCCACUGUUGAACGAUUUCAGCUGUUUAUCCACGUUGUAAAUGGCAGUUGCAUCCAAGUGAGCUGGCAUUCCCUCUUUAACGUGAUGGCCUACAAGCUUACUUGGGUUAAAAUGGGUCAUAGUCUGGAAGGAGGCAUUAUUCAGGAACGGAUAGUUACUGAUAAGAGGCAGAACAUCAGCUUGACAAAUUUAGAGCCCAAAUCUACAUAUCGGAUUUGUUUGGUUCCCUUGGAUGAUUUUAAUAAUUACCGCAUUGGUGAGGACACUGUGUGCUCAGAAGGCACAACAAAGGCUUCCCUGUUGAAUAACGGAAGCAACUCAGCUUCUAGCCACGAACAGACAACUUCUCAUAACCUUGGUUCUCCAUUUCUGUUAGCAGGCUUAAUUGGGGGGGCUGUUGUAUUUGUGCUGGUGGUUCUGCUCAGUAUCUUCUGCUGGCACAUGCACAAAAAAGGACGCUACACCUCUCAGAAGUGGAAAUACAACCGUGGGCGACGGAAAGAUGACUACUGUGAGGCAGGAACCAAGAAGGACAACUCCAUCCUGGAGAUGACAGAAACCAGCUUUCAGAUUGUCUCCUUAAAUAAUGAUCAGCUCCUUAAAGGAGAUUUCAGAUUGCAGCCUAUAUAUACCCCAAAUGGGGGCAUUAACUAUACAGACUGCCACAUCCCCAACAAUAUGCGAUAUUGCAACAGCAGUGUCUCAGACCUGGAACACUGUCAUACGUGAUAGUGAGGUGUGUGGUGAGGCAAUAUUACCACAAGCAAAAACCCAGAGGGGGCAAGCAAAAUUAAUCUACUCACACACAAAUCAACAAAAAUUACAUUUGAUAAAUGUUACGCAAAUGCAUUUGCGCAUUUGAAUACUCUGUAAUUUAUAUGGUGUACUAUAUAAUGGGAUUUAAAAAAAAGUGCUAUCUUUUCUAUUUCAAGUUAAUUGCAAACAGUUUUGUAACUUUUUGCUUUUUAAAUCUUUAAAAUAUAUAUAAAUAUAUAUAUAAAUAUAUAUAUAUAUUGAAGAAGUACUGUACAGGGUUGUACAAUAAGAACCCGAUGCCAUGGCAAAGGAAAUACAAAACAAAAUGCCUCAUUCUUCAAACGUUCAAUACUUUGAUUUUGGAGCUGUUUGGGGGAUUUUGGCUCGUAUAUCCAUUAGUUUAAGAUAAGUUUGUAUUACAAGAUGAAACUUUAGGAAUGCCUAAGCAGUGUUACAUGAGUGGAAAACAAUUUAACUUCAUUGGUGAUCUUUACAAAAAAUGGAAUAGUAUUUGUAAAAAUUAGAUUGGCCACCUUGCCUGCCUCUACCCCUUUAGCUCCCUUUAGUCAGAGACUAAAACUAGGAACUCCCUGGAUAUUGGGCUUAAUAAACCUGUAUCCUUCAUUUUGUUAAUUUUUUUUUCCAAAAGGUAUAUUACUUUGUUCGUUUCUUCUCAGAAAAGCUGGUAUGGAAUUCAUCAAGGCAUUUGUUAUUAAAGUCUCAUCAAAUUGGGAAUGCUUUUUAAAAAAAAAUUAAAAUGCAUCUAGACUUUUUUUGUUUUCUCCAGAAAUGCAUUUUUGAAUUCCCAGUGAAAUCACAUUCGGUCAUAAAUUUCAAAAAUUCUAUUAACAAUCCAGACUGAUCUUUGGCAGAAUACAGUCAAUACUUUCAUUCUACAGGUAGUCCUCAACUUAUGACUACAAUUGAACUCAAAAUUUCUGUUGUUAAGUGAGUCAGUUGUUCAGUGAAAUUUGUCCCGUUUAUGACCUUUCUUGCCACUAUUGUUAAAUGAAUCACUGCAGUUGUUAAGUCAGUCACAUGAUUGCUAAGUAAAUAUGGCUUCCCCAUUGACUUUGCAGUCUUGUAUAACCAUUUACAAUUACUUGCCAAACUGAUUUUGCCAAUUGCACAACUUGCAUUAUUUCAGGUUAAGGAAAUGUCCUCAACUUUAUCUGAUGCCUUCCAGAUUAUAUUGUCCAGUUUUGUACCUUUGCAAAAGGACUUCCUGGGAUUCUAAGCUGUACAGUUCUAUUAAUAUGGGAACAUGACAAAAAGAAUACCUACUCCUUUAGUGAAAGAAAAAGGACAGUUUCCACUGCAUCAUAUGAAACAUCUUAUGCUAUGCAUGGAGAAUUUAGUGCAGCUCUUAGUGUUAGACAAAGAUCCACUGAUGGUAGAUUAGCUAACGCUCCCCUUUCCCCAUCAUAUGUAGUCUCUGCAUGAAGUUGAGGACACGACUAUAUGAUGGCUUCAUAUACUGACAUGACUAGGAUAUUAGCCAAGGGAUAAGAUGUUAGCUGAAAUUAUGGAAUUGUAUGUCCACUAAACGUAGAGAGCACCAGGUUGGAGAAGGCUGGAUUAUAUUACCCAUAUUUGAUUUGAUUUUUAUUUAUUUUAAUCAAUAAAUUAGUGUGGCCUUCCCUUACACUCUUCUCUAUUUUUUUAAAAUCUAAAUAAAUUCACUCUCUCCAGUCAUAUGCAGAAUACUUGAGAAUUAAGCACAAUUAUCAACUCAUUCAUUUUUAAAAAUAACAAUUACUAUGUCUUGUCUGCCACAAUUAUAUUAAUUUAAAACAGAUGCUUAAAGCUAUUUUCUAAUAAUCAGGAUCUACAAAAUUAGUCAUCUCAGUAAUAUAUCCUUUAAUUAAAGGCUAACCAAAAAUCUCCUUUAAAAAAAGGAGAACUUAAGGUACAGAAACAAGAAACAUGAUCAGUAUACCUUCUCAGUUUACCUAAUCUGUUAUUAAUCACAAAACACACCUACAGAUAUAUUAAUGUUCAGCAACAUUCAGAUGGAUCACUACUUUGUAAGAUAGCAGAGUCCAAUAAUUUUGCAAUCCUUUAAUAAUAACAAGAAUUUCCAUUGGUAUUUUAGGCAACCUGUGUAGGUACUCUAUCAGUGUAGUUGCUAAACGUUGCUAACUAAAAGAUAGCCAUAUGGUUUGAAAUAUAUAAUUUUAGCUAGGAAACAGCUUUUCUCCCUUUUUGACUGAACUUUUUGUUGACAGAAGAUACAUUAAGAAGAAACACACAGAUCUGUGAAAAGUGUUGAAAGAAAGGCUUUCCUGUAAGCAGGAUGCCAUCUAAGUGGAACAGGGAUAACUUUAUGUAGUUAAAAAACCCUAAUUAUUUGCACAUGCCGGAUAAUGAGAUGUCCUCCAAACUGAAUUCCUUUACAGAACAUAAGGCUAAAUCUUAUUUCCAGCAUAAGGAAUGCCUCUGAAUUUCAACUGCUCAGAGUAACAGCUGUUAUUAUUACUUUCUCCUAAUCAGAAUCAUGUACUUGAGAAAUAUUAUGAUAGACUAAAUAGGCUUUUAUGUCUAAUCUAGGUGUUUCUAGUUAUGUUUUUCUAUAUCAUGAACCUAAGCAACACACACACAUAUACACUACCUUAUCAAUAAUAAAAUGAAGAGUCCAAACCGUAGAUUUGUAUCUUUGUUACAAUAUAUAAUUAUAUGAACAAAAGAAAGUAAAUACGAUAUUCAACAAUGCCAUCAGGAUUGAACCUGUUUCAUCCUAAUAAUCUUUGUCAGGAUUUUACCUUCUCCUUUGCAUUCCUGAUUGUUGUCUUGUCAGGAUUUUUCACCCAAUGACUAGAAAGAAAUUCUCCGUCUCAUCUUUGAAACAUGACCUGGUUUCAUUCUGUUCAGAAAGCAUAAGCAUUACUAAGAACACCAGUCGUGAAAGCUAUGGCUUAUUCCAAAUAAACAAUUUACAAUGAGUUCUUAACCAAACCACUUUUCAAGUUGCAAAAUUCCUAUUUCUAUGCUUCUAUGAACAAUUUUCAGUUGGUUUCUUCCCUUAGAACUCUUCCUACUUCUACUUUUCAUAAUAUAAUGGAUGAUUGGAGAUAUAUGUAAUCCUACAGCAUACACGCAUACACACACCUCAAGGUUUUUAUAAUAUGCUUUUACAUCUAUGUUACAAAGGACAAUUACUGUGUUUAUACAACAUGUGCAAACCACACAAUGAGACUUCAAAAUGGAUAAAACUUAAGAGAUAUGCUAAGUCAAAAGUUGAGUUUCCUACAACUUUAUAAAUGGAAAAUUAUCAAGUUUCAAUCUACCUAUUUUAGAUUAGUCAAAUGUUAUGUAAACCUAGUCAAGGAGAUCUUUAACAACAGUUUAAACAUGUCAGGAUUAACUUUAUCCAUUAUUUUAAAAAAUGUCCUGGAUACAUUUACUGUUUUAUCUUCCAGUUAGGCUCAUGAUAGUGCAUUAACUUAAUGUGUUUAGGCAUUUAAUACUAUUGCUAUUCUAUGCAGAAAAUUUACAAGCAAUAAGAUUUGAAAGAUUUGGUGGAAAGCUAGUCAUUUGAUCAUCUGAUGCUUUUGCUAGCAGUGUCAAUACCACUUGCUGUAGUUUGAAAGUCCAAUCCCAAAAUUUUCCUGAUCUAAUUGGAUUAUUUCAAAGAUAGUCAGUUCCAACGUGUGGUUGACUGUAUAAAGAAAAAAGGAUGUUUCAUUGUCCCAUAACAAAAAGAAUUGACUGUAACUUUUUCAGCAGGUUGGGACAUUUAUCGGCAUAAAAGUACCAUUAUGAGAAGCUGUUACCCAAUUUCAUAGAAUUAUAGAAAUAUUGAUGGUGGCGAAUGACUUGGCCAAAUUUCAAACAUAUAUAAGUAGAUAUUUUUUUCUACAAAGGAACAGGCGUAUGGAAGGAAAGCAUGACUUUCUAAAAGCAGUAGACUAUUAGAAUUUGAACCAUUACAUAGGAUUAACUCUCUAUUUUCUAUAAAAUGACUUAGUUUAUGAUCGCUAAUUAAUGUCAUGCAAAAUCAAAAUUUCACAAGAGAAUAAGAGACUAGAUAGCUAAUGAUAACAUUAAAGAUUUCUCCCAGUUCCCAUGAGUUUGUUUGACUUGGAUAAAAUGCUCAGAUCUUAUAAAAAUAUGAAUAAAGCACUAAUGAUUGCAGAGAAAUAUAUGCAUCUCACAAAA